AUGCAAAACGAUUUUUAUCUCCAGUUCGUCCGCCACAACAUCAUCAAGGUUCUGCUGUUCCAGUCGGUGCCAACGAAUAUUUUUUUCAAUUUUGUUGACCGAAAUUAUAUCACAGGAUUAACAAACGUUGCAGCAUUUCCAAAUUUAAGAAAUGCUUCAAAUCAAAACGAUACUAAUGUCCAUCCAGGUCGAUCAAUCAAACCAACAGAGUUUGUUAAAUUCCCAGUAUUUGAUGUCACAGCAUUGUGUAGUUCUUGGGCACCUUCCGUGACAUCGGCAAUGACAAUAUCAGUUUCACGAUGGGCAGGAGAAUUUGUCAACUUUUCACUUCAAUUUAUUCUCGAUUGUGAUAUAAUUGGUGAUUCAUGCGUUGAAAGAACUCCUCUCUUUGCAUAUAAACCUUUCUGGACAUACCAUCCCCCAGAAUACGAAUCAUGGGAUACGCCAGGUGAUUAG